CGCAACACCCAGUUGAGCCGAAAGGCCCCCUGAGGAUAUCGGCUCUGGCUGCGCGGCGCUACCCUGACCUGGCUCCCGGAGCAGGACCGGCCAUGAAGCUAAAAGAACUUGAACGGCCAGCUGUCCAAGCGUGGAGCCCAGCCAGCCAGUACCCUGUGUAUCUGGCCACAGGAACAUCUGCCCAGCAGCUAGAUGCCUCCUUUAGCACAAAUGGCACAUUGGAAAUCUUUGAGAUUGAUUUCAGGGACCCCUCUUUGGACUUGAAACACAAGGGAGUCCUUUCUGCCUCAAGCAGGUUUUACAAGCUGAUCUGGGGGAGCUUUGGCGAUGGGCUUCCGGAAGGCUCCGGGGUCAUUGCAGGUGGCGGGGACAAUGGCCUGCUUACUCUAUACAAUGUGACCCACAUCCUGUCUUCUGGGAAGGACCCUGUGAUUGCCCAGAGACAGAAGCACACAGGGGCUGUCAGAGCCCUUGACUUUAAUCCUUUCCAGGGCAACCUCCUGGCCUCGGGGGCCAGUGAUUCUGAAAUCUUUAUUUGGGAUUUGAAUAACUUAAAUGUGCCAAUGACCCCAGGAUCUAAGUCACAGUAUCGUGAGCCUCCAGAAGACAUCAAGGCACUGGCUUGGAACCGGCAAGUUCAACACAUUCUAUCUUCUGCUCACCCCAGUGGCAAGGCAGUUGUGUGGGAUCUCAGGAAGAAUGAACCUAUCAUCAAAGUCAGCGAUCAUAGCAACAGGAUGCACAGCUCAGGCCUGGCCUGGCACCCAGACAUAGCCACCCAGUUGGUGCUGUGUUCAGAAGAUGAUCGUUUUCCAGUGAUUCAGCUGUGGGACUUGCGCUUUGCCUCCUCGCCCCUGAAGGUGCUGGAGAGCCACAGCAGGGGGAUCUUGUCAGUGUCGUGGAGCCAGGCUGAUGCUGAGCUUCUGCUCAGUAGUGCCAAGGACAACCAGAUCUUGUGUUGGAACCUGGGGAGCAAUGAGGUAGUAUAUAAGCUAUGCACACAGAGCAGCUGGUGCUUUGAUGUGCAGUGGUGCCCUCGGGACCCUCCAGUGUUCUCUGCUGCCUCCUUUGACGGCUGGAUCAGUUUGUACUCCGUGAUGGGUAGGAGCUGGGAAGUCCAGCAGAUGAGACAGGCUGACAAGAUCUCUUCUUCCUUUGGCAAAGGCCAGCCUCUCCCACUGCUGCAGGUACCAGAGCAAGUGGCCCAAGCAUCAUUGAUACCUCCUCUAAAAAAACCCCCCAAAUGGAUGAGAAGGCCAGCAGGUGUUUCAUUUGCUUUUGGAGGGAAGCUGGUUACCUUUGGCCUCCCCAGUACCCCUGCCCAUCAGGUGCCACAGCCUUGCCUCCGCCUAGUCUUCAUCAGUCAAGUCAUCACAGAAUCUGAAUUACUGAGGCGGUCAGCUGAGCUGUGGGAGGCCCUGGAAUCAGGAAAUCUUCUGAAUUAUUGUCAGAACAAGAUCGAACAAACAUCACUGCAAAGUGAAAAGAUGCUCUGGCAAUUCCUGAAGGUGACCUUAGAGGAAGACUCCAGAAUGAAAUUUCUAAAACUAUUAGGAUACAGUAAAGAUGAGUUCCAGGAGAAGGUGGCCACGGGUUUGAAGAGUGACUUGGGGCUGGGCGACAGCCCUCAGGCCAAGGGACAUGAUCUCCACAGUAACAGACAGCAGGCUUUCUGCAGCCAGACCUCCGAACACAUCACAGAGGAAGCCUCUGCCUCCUCAUCCUUCUUUGAUGAGCUGGUCCCUCAGAAUAUGACUCCAUGGGAGAUCCCCAUCACAGAAGACACUGAUGGACUCCUGAGCCAGGCUCUCCUGCUUGGAGAACUACGCCCUGCUGUGGAGCUGUGUCUGAGAGAAGAGCGCUUUGCUGAUGCCAUCAUCCUGGCCCAGGCUGGGGGCGCAGAUCUGCUAAAGCAAACACAGGAGUGCUACUGGGCCAAGAAGAAAACCAGAAUCUCUUCGCUGCUAGCCUGUGUUGUACGGAAGAAUUGGGAGGAUAUGGUUUCUGCCUGUAGCCUGCAGAACUGGAAAGAGGCACUGGCCUUGCUACUGACAUACUCUGGGCCAGAGAAAUUCCCUGAGCUCUGUGACAUGCUGGGUACUCGCAUGGAGCAGGAGGGUGGCAGAGCACUAAUCUCCGAAGCCAGACUCUGUUAUGUGUGCUCAGGCAGUGUGGAGCAGCUGGUGGAGUGUUGGGCAAAAUGCCACCAGGCUUCAUCCCCCCUGGCUCUACAGGACCUGAUGGAGAAGGUGAUGGUCCUUAACAGGAGCUUGGAGCUACUGCGGGGUCCUGACGGGGUGAGCUCAGGCCCUGCCACAACCUGCAGGGUCACUCAGUAUGCCAGCCUCCUGGCAGCCCAGGGCAGCCUGGCCACUGCCAUGGGCUACCUACCCAGUGACUGUACUCAGCCACCAGUUCAGCAGCUGAGAGAUCGACUUUUUCAUGCCCAAGGUUCUGGUGUCUUGGGCCAACAGUGUCCUCCUUUCCCCUUCCCACGGGUUGUUGUGGGAGCUACCCCCCACUCUAAAACAUCUUACAGAUUGGAAUUCCGGCCUUCUCACCAGGUUCCAACUCCAUCUCCAAGGCCAAGGAUUUUCACACCUCAGUCAUCACUGGUGACACCCUUGAUACCUUCCCAUCCUGGCCCUUAUCAAAGCUUCCAAACACAGAAUAUAAAUGAUUACAGGGUACCUAAGCCCCAGGCGGCCCAGCCUUUGCCUUUGGGCCCUGGUGUAAGGCCUGCUUUAUUUGAGCCACUGCUGUUAAGAGGGCAAAAAGCCCAAGUUCCUAACCCCAUGGGGUUCCCUGGAACAUGGCCUCUUCCUGGUCCACCUCCACCCAUGGUACCCCCAGAUGUCAUACAGCCUGGCUCUACCUCCCUGGCCGAGACUACUCGACUGUUCCCUCCACUUACUGUGAGACUACCAGGGGUCAGCCCUACAAGCUUCCGGUCCCUAGCCCCUCCUGUCAAUUUCUCUGCGACACACCCUCCAGGAGGGCCAGGUGCUACAUGCUGUAGUGCACUCCCAACCACUGGCCCCUCGACUGCUCACCCAGGACCUCAAGAUUCCUUGAAAAAUGCCCCAGUGCCCAGGGUAGACCUCCAGAGGAAAAAGUUGCCAGAGACAUUUAUGCACCCGGCACCGAUUACUGCUCCAGUUAUGAGCCUCACCCCUGAGCCACGAGGGGUCCUUUCCUCACAGCCUUCUGUCCUUGGUGUGGGCCAUGCUCCCCCAGGAGCUCCAGGAGAAUUCAGCCUGCAGCAACUUCAGCAGCGGCCCCCUGGGAAGGUGGAAGGGAAAGAGCUGUCUCCAGAGCAUCAGUCCCUGAAGACCAGCUUUGAGAAGCUUCUGCAACGCUGCUCCCUGUUUGCCACUGAUAUGAAGACAAAACGGAAGCUGGAUAAGGCAGCCCAACGUCUAGAAUGUCUAUAUGCUAAGCUCUGCCAGGGCACAACACUUGAAUUUGGACAGACAAGCAACCCAGCCACCUUUCAGUGUGGCUGUGUCAGUAUCGGAAUGAAAUGAACAUGACCCCCUCCAGCAGGGAAGGAACACACAGUAAAGUCCUUCAGCCAAUCAGAACUCAAGUGCCAGAGAAAGAUUGAGUCGAUCAAAAGAACACUCCAGGAUCCUCCCAGACAAAUGCAGAAGAAGGAGACGAGGAAAGGGAGACAAAGAGAGGAACACGGAGAAAAAGGACAAAGAAAGAAGCGGGGGAGGAAGAGAGACAUGGCAAAUCCCCUCCACACAAUCACCGCUUGGGGUUUCUCUCCUCCCUCUUGCCUACGCCCUCCCGCCCAACCACGACCUCCCCCACCCAUACACACUCACCCGCAGACUCAGACUCACAGGGAGGAGAGCCUGGUCCCCAAGGGGAUUUAGGAGGGACUGUGCUUUCCCGGUUGUCCUUUGUAGGGCUUUGAGCCUUAAUCUGCAUUCAGAGUAGCUUUCUUCAGAGAAAAAUAUACCAUGCACUGGGUGAACCUCAGCCCUCCGAUUUGAGAAUGUGGGGGAUUCAACCCAACCACCUCUGUAAGUUAGAAAGAAGCUUGGGCUACUUUAGGGAACCUGAUGGUUUCUUCCUUUCAACUUUUCCAUGGAACACUUUACUUGUUGAACACCUACUACAUUCUCAACCCGACGCUAGGCAUCGUGGACGUUUUAAAAAGACAAAACAUGAUUUCUGCCCUCGAGACAUUUAUAGCCCAGUAAGGUGGUAAUAUAAGAGUGUAAUUUAAUAAGGUAUUAAGUUGCUUCAAACUGACUAUAAAUCACAUAGGCUUAUUUAGGGAAGGUUUUCUAAAGAGGGUAGAAUUUGAACUUCAAAGAAGGGUUGAGAUUUCAGGAGGUAGCCAAAACCCUACCCUCUUAAAACUCUGGUGGUGAAGCAAGUAGGGCACUGAAGCUUCUUGCUCAGCCAUCUCUGAGUUGCUGUCCCUUUUGUGCACUAGAGAGGAAGGGUCACCUCAGUCACAGUUCCGGGGUCCUCAAAGGGCCCCCAACUUACUUGCACGUGGCCACAUCUCCUGCAUGGGCGUCUACAUGGCCUUUCCUGAGGGCUCCCCAGAGGCAAUGGUCUAUGUUCUCUACCUUUUAUCCUUGGUGCUCGCUCUUCAGAACCCUUUCCAGCCAGAUCUACACUGGCAAACUCAACUGGAAAAGAAAGAAUUAUCAGAUUAAUUCAUUGUCAGAUUAUUCAGAAUAGGCUGGAUGAUUGAGGGCUCUUGACUUGAGUCUUUUGACGGACUAACUUUGUUGUCCACCUGGAAUCUUCCAGACCAGGCCUUUAUUUGUGAUUCCUAAGUGUGACAUAAGCUUAGUAGAUUUUGACUUCCACUCAACUUCAGGGCCUUUGUUCUCUCUUCUUUUCUCCCUCAGCUUUAUUGAGGUAUGAUUGACAAAUAAAAAUUGUAUAAAUU